CAGGAUGGACAAUUUCAACAUUUUAAAGGUUGAACUGAUGUGCAUUUCCAGUACGUUGUAUUUAUGCCAAAGUUCUAGCGUUGGCAAUUUUAACUAUAUUCAUCAUCCGCCGCAUUUUUGCUUUUGUACAGUGGAAGAAAUGGAAUAAAAUUAUGAGGAAAGGGAUUUCUUCGCCUGUGUUGAUAACAGCGACUCAAACUCUGCUCCGCUGAAACGCUCCAGCUCAGGCUACAUCCUGGCGAAUCUCCUUUGCACCCUCUCCAGUGUUCAUCUUUAUUUCCCAUUGAUGCUGUAACAUGGCUGAUGUUGCCAAAAGACUGCAAUUUCUCAAGAAUUCAGCUUUUCAGCUGAAGGAAACAUGCCCAGCGGAGGCACGCUACCUCUUAUGGACACAUCAGUCUGUAACAGGUAUGAAAGUUAAACCAGAAGGAGUCUGCAGCCACUGCUUCGAGUGCUUUCUUCCUGGAAACCACAGAGUGCGACUGAAAUCCAAAAAGAGGAUGAAGUGGCAGAUAAAAAAGCUACUGCAAUGUGAAGCAGCCGAUUGGAAACUUAAUCUCAAACAAGUACGACAGCUGCAGAAAUACAGAAACUCGAGGAGCAUAUUGUUAGUUACAUGCUACACGUGUAAAGAAACUUCAAGAUUCUAUGGAGCGAAUAGGACAUCUCUUCCUGUAAGGCCCCGCAUCCCAAGAAGUUUAAGUAAGACAAAAACGAAUAUGAAGGCACUUGAAGCAAGAACGCCACAGUCCACACGGCAAGAAACCAGCUAUUCCCCACUUCUGAAUAAAUCAGGUUCUAAAAGCAAGAGCCCAGCUACAACUUCAAGGAACAAGCAGACGUUACAGUGUGCGUUAAGAACAUCUGUCUCUGCACCUUCCACAUCAUCGCCUUCACUGAAAUCAGUUAAGGGAAAGAAGCUACACUGCUCUCGUCUAAAGAUGCUUUUGAAUUGUGAGCAGAAACACGAGAACAAUAAAGGGACUCUUCAAGAUUUCCUAUCUUCAGUGUAAACUGCAAUUUGUGAUCUUAUCUUAUUUGUAUUGCUUAAACUUUGUGUCUGCACAAGUCAGAGCAAAAAAAAGUAAGUGGGAAAAGAUGAAUUGCCCGUCAAUUCGCAUAAUCAGUUGGGUGCAUGGCCAUACACAGAAUAUAGCUUUAUUCAAAUUGAGUUUUGCAAUGUUGCCAUAAAAUAAAGUUUUUCUUUGCUGUGUAUAAAUAAUUAUUAGAAAUGUUACAAGAGCAAGCAUGUUGGAGCUCUGACUGACAACAAUGUGUCUGCAGUUCUGCGGAUUAAACGGAAGCCUGGUAAGUGGUAAGCUAAGCUACCAUCUGGUUUUCUCUGAAACAUACUGCUAUCUGCAGAAGGAUAACAAUCCAUUAGGCUUCUACAUAUUGAGGUUCAAAUGGCAGCAGCUGCCAAAACAUUAAUGGUUGUAGAAAAGAUUUUUUAUUUAUCAAUGUGAUCACAGAUCAGUUUUUUUAUUGCUAAAAUCUAAGGAAUGAUGCAUUUUACUAUUUUAACAUUUGCAGCUUCCCUAAUUGUGUAUUGUGUUCAUGGAACUAGGUAAUUUUUUCUCCCAAUUGCCCCUGAAAACAGUCUCAAGCAGAGACUGUAGGUGGGAAAGACUUAUGCCUGGCCAGUUACAGUGGGAAAUAACAUUGAAUUGGGGGACAGUUGGAGUUAGGCUGCAGAGUUUCAGGGCAGAUGCACGAGGGGAAUACAUUAAAAUAGCAGAAAAACAGGAAAGUUGCUCAUUAAUGCUAUAUAAUAUUGAUAUCGUAUUCUAAAGGUUAUAUGUAUACUUAAUGAAAUGUACUUAAGCAAACAUCUUGGUGAAGAUGCAAUUUAUUAAAAUACUGUUAAGCCUUGUGUUUCCAUGCUUAUCGAGGUGAAAGCUUGUCAUGAUAGAAAAUGAAAUCGUUUUUAGAGCCAAUACCCAGGUCAGAUACAAUGUAAUUUUAUUCCUUACCCAUUUUACGGUGCCAAUGUGAUCUUUUUAUUUCCCACACCAGUUCGAAUGAGAUUGUAACACUAGUUGGCAGUCAACUUUCCUCUACAACAACUUGGAAGUUGCUGUGUAGGCUGAGCACUAGUCAGGCCCUUUAAGUUAGCAUGUGUGGGUGGCUGCGUUUUAAAAAAAAAAAAGGUCCCAUACACUUAAAUAAAUAGGUUUUGCGCAACAAAAAAUAAGAGGGGACAUCGAUUACAAUUACAAUUGUGGCAGUUUUGCCUGAAUAAUUUUAACAAACGGCUCUUAUAGCCUGAGAGAGGGAGAGACUUGUAUCUCAUUAGUCUGCUCUGAAUUUGAGCCUAUGUCACAGAGUUGAAAAGGUAAUGUGAUUCCCAGUUGUCUGGUCCUUUCGAGUCCCUGACACUUUCAAGGAGAUAUAUCUACAAAAAUUACAUUCCCUAAAGUUCUGCCUAGUUUGGUUUUGAAAAUGCUUUAAUACCCAUGGAAAACAGAUAUUGCCAGUUUUUAUUUUUGUCUGAAUAUCUUGUAGGACAGUGUUAUUGGCUGAGCAGCUCUGAUAUAUUUAGGUAUGCAGAUUUAUUUUGUCAUGCACAGUAUGAUUCACAUUUAAACAGCAUGAGUCAAUUAUGCAUGUAGAAAAGAUGACCAAAUACUAUCCCCUCAGUAUACUAUAUAUGAUAUCUCCACAAUGAAAAUGUUUCUGCCUUUUAUUGCAGUAGAGCGAGGAAGUCUGUUCUACAUCAUUGGGGGUGCUGUCUUUUCAAUGAGACUUGAAGCUGUGAUUUGUCUGUCAGGCGGAAGCAGAUUCAAUAAUAACUUUCAAAAAGAAAUUGGAUUAAUACCUGAAGGGGAAUAAUUUGCAGUGCAAUGUGGAAAGGGCAGGAGAGUGGUACUAAUUGGAUAGCCAUUUCAAAGAACUAGCAUAAAAAAAUUGAUGGGCUAUGUCAUGAAAAGACUGAGUAACACUAUUUGAAGAGCAGCAGGAAAUUCUCCCAGUAUCCUUGUUAACUCUAUUCCCUCAAACAUAACCUCCAAAACAGAUUCAUUGCUCCAAUUUACUCUUAGGGUGACUGGGCUGUGUGUUAUAUGGGUUGCCAUAUUUCCCUAAAAAAAAUUGUGUUUUAGGUUGUCCUGUGAACAUGAUGUUCUAAAUAGCUGUUAAUUCUGUUCUUUAUUGUGUUCUCCUGAGCCCCCAAACCUCAAACAAAAAUUGUACCUCAGAAGUUUCUCUAGAGCAUAAAAAAAAUCAUGAUUAGAUCAAAUAUAAUACUGGCCCAAAGCUAUCAAAUCUGAUGGAACAAACAACGUAAAGCACUUAGAAUGGUGAACAAGCAUGGCAAAGCUAUGAUCAGCGAUCAUCAAUUGCCAUGAUAAGCUACCAAUCAAAUAGCUCAGUGUAUUUGCUCUAGUUACUUUUGGCUUCCAGUUAGCUUUCCCUGAGCCAAGUAUGCAAAACAAACAACUGGGAUUUACCACUUUCAAUAUAGUUAAAUGUCCCCAGGUGCUUUACAGGAAUGUUAUAAAGCAAAAUUUGACAUCAAACCACAGAGUGAUAUUAGGGUGGAUGACGAAAAGCUUGGUUGAAGAAAGAAGUUUUAAGGGCAUCUUAAAGGAGGAAAGAGAAGUAUGGAGGUGUCGGGAGGGAAUUCCAGAGCGUAGGACCUUAGUGGCAAAAGGCACAGCUACCAAAGUUGGAGCAUUUAAAAUUGGGAGUGCUCACAAAGCCAGAAGCAGAGGAACACAGAUAUCUUGGAGGUUAUGGACUGAAGGGGAUUACAGAGGUAGGGUGGCACAGCAAAGAGAUUUGAAAGCGAGGAUGAGAAUUGAAAAACUGAGGUAAUGCUUAAUUGGGAGCCUGUGUAGGUUAGCAAGCAUGAAUGAUGGGUGAAUGGAAUUUGAUACAGCAGUGUUUUUGGAUGAGCUCAAGUUUUACAGAGGUUAGUUUGUGGGAGGUUGUCUAGGAGUGCAUUGGAACUGUCAAGACCAAAGGUAACACAGGUAUGGAUGACUAUUUCAGUGACAAAUGAGCUGAGGCAGAGACGAAGUUGUAAGAUAUUAAUGAUGGUAUAGAUAAGUGGUCCAAAGCUCUGUAACCCUAAAAUAUUUAUGAAAUGGAAAUAUUAAUUAUUUCCAGAAUAAAAUGCUAGAUUUUCCCUCAGUACCUUUGAAAUAUCUUCAGAAGUGUCCUCUACGUCACGCUUGCCCCUCUGGUCUAGCCUGGAAUUCUGCUGGAUUCUUGGUCCCUACAUGGUUUACCCAGGACAAUCCAUAUGUCCACAGAUUCCCUUACAGCCUACAUACUAACGGAAUGAGGUGUAAAAACAAUGCUAAGAGAAAGGGAUUGGAAAGCAAGGGAGAGAAAGAAAUGAAAGAACUUGCAUUUAUAUAGCACCUUCAUAUCUUCAGGAUGUCCCCAAGCUCUUCACAGCCUUUUGCUUUUGAAAGGGAAGUCACUAGUUCUUUGGGUAGAUAUGGCAACAAAUUAUCACGUCAAGGUUCCGCAAACAAUAAAGAACUGAAUGAACUUAAUUAAUUUUUGCUUGUGUUUGUUGAGGGAUAACUGUUGGCAAGGCCACUGGGAGAACUCUUACUCAUCUUCAGAAAUGUACCAUGGAAUCUGUUAUGUCCAACGGAGAGAACAGAUGGACCUUGGUUUAAGGUCUCUGAAAGACAACACUUCUGACAGAGCAGCAUUUCCACAGCUUAUAUUUCACCUCAUUUCUAUAUUCCCUCAGUUCUGAUGAAGAGUCAUACGGACUCAAAACUUUAACUGUAUUCCUCUCCGCAGAUGCUGUCAGACCGGCUGAGUUUUUCCAGCUAUUUUUGUUUUUGUUUCAGCAUUUCCACAUUGUUGCACCAGAGUGUCAGCCUAGAUUGUGCUCAAGUCCUGAAGUGGAGCUUCAACUAGAAAACUGCAAAAUGACUACGACUGAACCAAACUAAUAUUUGGAAUAGAACUUAAUAAAUGAAAGAAACAAAAGUGAAGGAGAAGAUAAACAGAACUGAAGGGAAACAGAAACAGUGAAAGGAAAAGGUUUAAGAUGUUGGAGCCUAGCCUUUAAGAAUUUGAGAACCACUCAAAUACAUCAUUGUUUUGAUAUGCAUAUGAACUCUGAUUUAUUUAUUUUAGCAGCGCUGCCAUCUGGGCAGUGGGGAGGAAAAGGACCCUUUUGAAGAUGGGAAGAUUGACAGGACAGGAAAUGUAGAGAGAAAGCAAUCCGGUUGCAGGGGGUGCCCUCUGGGACUGUUGGAUAUGAAAAGGACUGCUGGUGAUGGGGCUUAGUGGGUUCAUGUUAUAAAACAGCACUCUGUAUACUAAGUUCACAGUGAGCAUCAUCUACUAUUAUUAAAUAUAAGAACAUACUUUGGAAUGUUUACCCUUCUCUCACUUUCCCACACAACGGUUUGUUUUGCAAAUGGCAAUAAUCCUGUAAAUCUACUGCAACAGAAACAGAGCUCCAUCAUGCUGUAAACAACACUUUUUAUAAAUUUAUAUGAGGCUAGGCAGUAAAACUGAUCAGUUAGCUGUGGCUGAAAUGCUAAAACCCACUUCAAUUACACUAGUGAUAUUUGAAAGGCUCAUGACAUAGUUCCUUGCGCAGUCCUUGUAAAAAGCGGAAAGCUGAGGGAGUGAAUUUUAUGUGGGAUCUGUACUCCAGCUCCGAGAUCUGUGCAAUGAUAGGUGAAUCAUUGAACAAAUGAGGAAUAACACAAAACUGUCCACUAUUACCUAUCCUAUCCCUGACAUCAUAAGGAAUGGGCAGGAGUGGUUGUUCCAAGCAUUUCUGGAGCUAUUAUGGUAUCCUUAUUUGUGGACAAUAUUGUCUUUUAAUGGGUUAUGUGAGGAUCUAUGCACUCUAUCCAGUAUCUUGUGCAGCGAGUUAAUCAGUGGGAUAGUGGGAAUUCCUAAGCAAGAUUUUGCAUGGAUGAGGAGAGAAAAUGGAAGGUGUUGAUUGGUUAAAAUUAUUAAAGUAAUAGCAUGGGAGAAGAUUUUAAAAGGCAGAUGACCGUGUCAAACUAAUACUUAUAACUCCCAAUUGCUUAUUAACAAUUUUAAUUGCUUUGUUAGAGAAACCUAAUUCUACUCCAAAAAUAUAGGAAUAUAUCUGGCCAGUGGUAUUCUAAGGUUUUUAGUUUCCUGCUACAUAUUGCCUAUUCCAAUUUAGGCAUGUUAGGACUCCAUGCAAUAUUUGUCAUGUAGAUUCAUCAGAGACCGAAUUAAAAAGUUACUGAAAGACACUUUUAAAGAUUCAAAACUCUGCGAUAUUUGACUGUUUGUGUGUUAAGUAAAUCAAUUAUUGUACUACUAGUUCCUUGUGAGUUUCAAUGUCUGUGUAAUUAAUUUAUUGUAAAUUUUGGUUAUUGAGUUUACCCUUGAUGUAAUGGUCCAGUAUUUAUUAGCUGUCAAAGUGAACUGGAACACAUGGUGGGCAAUGUAAUAAAAAUAAACAUUUUGUUUA